AUGCAAGCUCCGGUGUUGGUUAUGAACACCAACAGCGGUGAGAGACAGACGGGAAGAAAAGCUCAACUGUCCAACAUUGCUGCUGCGAAGACUGUUGCCGAUAUCAUUCGAUCAUGUCUCGGCCCCAAGGCCAUGCUCAAGAUGCUCCUCGACCCUAUGGGCGGUAUAGUCUUAACCAAUGACGGACAUGCUAUCCUGCGAGAGAUCGAGGUGUCGCACCCCGCGGCUAAGAGCAUGAUUGAGCUCAGCCGGACACAAGACGAGGAAGUUGGCGAUGGCACCACAACCGUCAUCAUUCUAGCUGGUGAAAUCUUGGCCCAAGCUCUGCCCCAACUCGAACGCAACAUACAUCCCGUCGUUAUCAUUUCCGCCUUCAAACGCGCCCUCGAGGAUGCCAUCAAGAUCAUUGACGAAAUCUCACUACCGAUCGACAUUGACGACGACAAGGCCAUGAACCAGCUCAUCUCGUCUUCUAUCGGCACAAAAUUCGUCUCCCGAUGGAUGGACCAGAUGUGCGAACUUGCCCUCAAGGCCGUGCGAAUCGUCACUUGGGAGACUGGCAAUGGAAAGACCGAAGUUGACAUCAAGCGCUAUGCUCGUAUCGAAAAGGUCCCCGGCGGCGAGAUUGAGGACAGCAGAGUCCUGGACGGCCUGAUGCUGAACAAGGACAUCACACACCCCAAGAUGCGCCGACUCAUCGAGAACCCCCGCAUCGUCCUGCUUGACUGCCCUCUGGAGUACAAGAAGGGAGAGUCUCAGACCAACAUUGAAAUCACAAAGGAGGAAGACUGGAACCGAAUCCUGCAGAUUGAGGAGGAGCAGGUCAAGGCCAUGUGCGAAGCCAUCAUUGCCGUCAAGCCCGACCUUGUCAUUACCGAGAAGGGCGUAUCAGACCUCGCCCAGCAUUACUUCAUGAAGGCCAACAUUACCGCCCUCCGACGAGUUCGCAAGACCGACAACAACAGAAUAGCCCGUGCCACCGGCGCCACCAUUGUCAACAGAGUGGACGACCUCCAGGACUCGGAUGUCGGUACGCGAUGCGGCCUGUUCGAGAUUGAAAAGAUUGGCGACGAGUACUUUACUUUCCUUACCAAGUGCCGGGACCCCAAGGCCUGCACCAUCCUCCUACGCGGUCCGUCAAAGGACGUCCUUAACGAGAUUGAGCGCAAUCUGCAAGAUGCCAUGGGCGUUGCCCGCAACGUCAUGUUCCACCCUCGCCUGUCCCCUGGCGGCGGUGCCACCGAAAUGGCUGUUUCCGUUAGACUGGCACAGCUCGCCAAGGGCAUCGAGGGUGUCCAGCAGUGGCCAUACAAGGCUGUUGCUGAUGCUCUCGAGGUGAUUCCCCGCACUCUGGUCCAGAACGCCGGUAAAAGCCCAGUGCGUGUCUUGACCGACCUGCGCGCCAAGCAGGCCGAGGGAAAGAGCUCGUGGGGUGUCAACGGCGACACGGGUACCAUUGUGGACAUGAAAGAGUACGGCGUAUGGGAGCCCGAGGCUAUUAAGCUGCAGAGUCUGAAGACGGCUAUUGAGGCCGCAUGCUUGUUGCUCAGAGUAGACGAUAUUUGCAGCGCCAAGAAGGCACAAAUGGGCGGCGCUCCUGGUGUUGGUGGAGGUGACGACUAA